AUUCGUCGAACAUCAAAGUGGAAUCGUGGUAGUUGGAGCAAUCGGGUAAGAACCAUCGUACCCAUCUUCCCAAGUCGAUACCCUCGCAGCCUCCCCGCUGAAGGACUCAGCGCCGCGGCACCCCAAUCUAACCACGAAACGCGGUGGCCGGAGAGUAAAAGGGAUAAAAGCAGUUCAGAUGCGGAGAAAGAAAACCUACCGCGGCGAGUCUCCGGCGAGCGGGCGGGGAACAGAGGUGCCGGACAAUGCGGGGACCGAAACGGCGAGGUGGACGGCCGGCGUGCGUGAGAUGGUAGUGAGAGUUGGGGGAACUGGUGCGGAGUGGGAGGGGCUCGGUCGCUCGGCUCAGCUCCGCGGUGGACGGCGGCGUGAAGAAAUGCAGUUUUCAGGGUUGGCAGGGCGCGGGCAGAAGCUGCGUCUGAGGGCCACGAGACAAGGAGUGCGGACGCGGACCGUGGAGGCGACGGCGGCGGCUGAGCUGCGUCUGAGGCACGGUCGCCGUUGGCUGCGGCAGGCGCGAUGGAGGGACUCGGUGGAUUUAACCCACUCAGAGCCAGCCUCUGGCCACCGGCGCCCGCCCGGCGACCACUCGCCCUGCCUCCGAGGCUCCGUUAUUCUUCCCAUCCAUCCCAGAUUGAGGUGGAGAUGUCGCGGAGAGAAUUCCGCCCCAGGAGAAUGCAGGAGAUUCUUGUUGCGGUAUGUACAACAUGACCAUGUGGAUAAUGGUUAUGAACACAAGAACUCUAUGCAGAGGCCGGGUGUUGCUCAUCAUGCUUUGUAUCUGCGUGAUGCUACAUUUUGAGUUGAUAAAAGCACCCUUUAUCGGAAAAAAAAAACUCUCAAAUGUCAGAAGCAAACGCAUUCUUGUAGUAGGCAUGGCAUCAGCAGUACACCAUAACCUCACAAGCUAGAUGAUACUUGGAUAUGGAUGAAAAUGACGCGAGGAUGAUGAAUGUACCACAAAGCCCAUUCCCCCCCUUGCUUAUGUGCUGGAAAGAGAUACGUUAUUGUUGGAGGAAGAUUAACAUACCUAACCAACAAGUGAUAUUGAUUGCAAUUCGUUGACUUCUCUACUCUGGUAUGGCCAAUGAUGAUAUUUGAAUUUAAACUUCAUUCUUGUUGGCUUAAUGUGCCUUGCUUUCUGAUUUCUAGUAAACCACUAAACAUAUUAAUUACGUUAGCCCAUUAAUAACAACUAGAAAAUACUCACUCCGUUUGGAAGUGUCCGGCGUAGUUUGACUGUCCAAGUUCAAGCUCUGACCAGCAAUCGAUACAGCAGUAUGAACACAAAGCUGAUACCCAGGCCCUACAUUUGCAAACAGGGGGAAUAUGGUUUUUGUCUUGACUCAAUGCAUUGAGCACCGAUUGAUAAUUUAUGUUAUUUUACUUCUGAGUUUUUAUAUACAUUGUUGUCAGGUCGCUUUCAUACGCGAGCCUUCCAGCUAAGGUGCACUACUUUAAAGGAAGUUAGCCUAUCAAAGGACUUAUUCUCAAAACAAUUAAUGAAUAAGGAGCUAACUUACAAAAUGUUGCUCCCAGGAUGAUGUCACACUGAUACCAGUAUCUGCUAGUUGUUGGUACUUAUUGACUUCAAUAGUCUCAUUGUACAUGCACCUAAUCUUUUUUCUACUUCAUCAUUGCUCAAUGUCUUUUGUAAUGCCCAAAUUUUGAGUUAGUAGGAAUUAUAAACAAUGGGAGUCAAAUAGUAUUGAUAGUUGGUAAAAUGGAAGUCAAAUUUGUGUUAAUAGUUGGUAACAAUGACAUUAAAUAUUUAAGAAUCUUUGAUUAAUUCUGUUGAUGCUGUCACUCCUUUGAAUAUGGAUAUCGCCUGCUUAUUUAUACCCCGCUUAUGGUCAGGGAUGCUACGGGCAGGCAGACAGGAAGUGAUUAGGAGGAAUAAGAAGCACCAUGGCACUUGUAGGUUUCGUGGAUUGGAGGGGAAACGCCAUCAGGAAAGAGGUGCAUGGUGGAGUCAGAGCAGCAUGGUUCUUGUACGUUCUGACUGUGGUAACCAACGUGGUUAUUAUCCCAAACCUGCUGAAUCUGGUUACUUAUCUUCAUGGAACAAUGCAUAUGGGGGUUUCGGCCUCUGCAACUACAACCACUAAUUUUUUUGGUGCCACAUCCGGGUUUGCAAUGAUAGCAGCUUUCCUCUCCGACUCCUACAUUACUCGCUUUAGAACAAUGCUCCUCUUUGGUCCAUUUAUGUUUCUGGGUUACGGAUUGCUCGCACUGCAAGCCUACCUUCCUUCACUCCGUCCACCAGCUUGCAAUAUUGAAGCAGAGCUAAACAGUUGUGAAGUGGUCCAUGGAUGGAAUGCUACCUUAUUGUACACAGCCUUGUAUAUGACUGCAUUUGGUGAUGGUUUUAUCCGUGUUUGCUUGCCAUCCCUCGGAGCAGACCAAUUUGACCAUGAAGAUCCCUCUGAGUCCCGCCAACAGUCCAGCUUCUUUAACUGGUAUACCUUCGGAAUCUCCUUUGGAGGUUUUGUAGGGCUGAUUCUCAUAGUGUGGCUCGAGAACUACAAAGGGUGGGAUAUCGGACUUGGGGUGUGUGCCAUCCUAAUUCUGCUAGGAUUGCUCAUAGUUGCUGCCGGUUUCCCCUUCUACCGCAACCAAGUACCACAAGGAAGUCCUCUAACUCGAAUACUGCAGGUUCUUGUGGUUGCAUUCAGGAACAGGAAACUUGAACUUCCUGAAAAACUGGAGGAAGCGCAGGAAAGCUGCACUGGGACAAGGGCAUGUUCUGUUGAUGCACUCGCUCCAACAAAUAGUCUGAAAUUACUCGACAAAGCUUGCAUCAACCGUGGCCAAAGUGGAGCCUGGUCAGUUUGCAGUCUGAGAAAGGUGGAGGAGACAAAGAUUAUCAUCCGUGUGCUUCCUCUCUUCGUCAGCUCCAUGAUCGGAUAUAUAUCGAACGUUAUCCUCUUCACAUUCACUGUGCAGCAAGGCACCAUGACGAACACAAGGCUGGGCAAGAUCCAUGUUUCCCCCGCGACACUCUUUAUCAUCCCUAUCAUAUUCCAGAUGCUAAUGCUUGCUGUCUAUGACCAGUUCCUUGUGCCAUUCUUGCGUAGACGCACAGGCUAUGUCGGUGGUGUCACUCAUUUGCAACGCAUUGGUAUAGGCUUCGUCACCAUGCUACUUGCGUCAAUCAUUGCAGCAAUUGUUGAGAAGAAGAGAAAGGAAGCUGUGGUGCAGAUGUCCCUCUUCUGGCUUGCACCUCAGUUCUUCCUUCUUGGUGUGGCAGAUGUGACAUCAUUCACCGGGCUCCUUGAGUUCUUCAACAGCGAGGCACCACGCGGCAUGAAGUCUAUUGCCACAGCGUUGUUCUGGUGUGCUCUGGGGCUCGCGUCCUUGCUGGCCACAACGCUGGUGGAAAUUGUGAACAAGGCCACAAGGCAUGGGCACCAGGGAGGCUGGCUCGAGGGUACAAGCUUGAACAACAGCCGUCUUGACCUGUUCUACUGGGUUGUGGCUGUUGUGGGAUUGCUUGGCUUAUGCAACUACCUGUACUGGGCCAAGAAGUAUGUGUACCAGCACAAUCCACGCAUCGUUGAGACAUCGGUUGAUCAGGAUUCACCUUGAAAUACUACAUACCCAUUGUUUUUUUACUUAAGUAAAAAUGUAACAUGUCUGAUUCACCAUGACAUCGAUCAGUUAAGUUUGCAAAGCAAUGUAGAAGCCUGUAACCGGUGUUCUGCUCUGAUGUGCUGUGCUGAUUGGUUGGGUUCAUCCUUGAUACUCCAUUUGUGAAAUUGUCAAAAGAAAUGGCUUUCUGCAUAACACUACCUAACGUGGAUUGUUCAUGUCAAAAUAAUAUCCAAGGGCAAAUAUCUUACUUCUCCGAACAGUGAGUUAUGGUCUUCGGUUAUUUUUCAGCAUUGGUUACUACUCCUGUAGAAGGGAUGCCACAGGCAGUAAUCCGAAGGAAGAGGAAGCACCAUGGCACCUGGGGGCUUCGUGGAUUGGUGGGGAAAAGCCAUCAAUAAAGAGGUGCAUGGCGGAGUCAGAGCAGCGUGGUUUUUGUAUGUUCUGACUGUGGUAACCAACGUGGUUAUUGUCCCAAACCUGCUGAAUCUGGUCACUUACCUCCACAGAACAAUGCACAUGGGGGUCUCAGGCUCUGCAACUACAGCCACUAAUUUUAUUGGUGCCACAUCUGGCUUUGCACUGAUAGGAGCUUUCCUCUCGGACUCCAACAUUACUCGCUCUAGAACUAUGCUCCUCUUUGGUCCGUUUAUGUUUCUGGGAGAAGCGUUAUCUGCAGUGAAGAAUUAAUUUCCCAAAGUUGAGAUGUAUGGGUGUACAAAAUCAUAUGGUGUAAGGGGAUACGGAUUGCUAGCACUGCAAGCCUACCUUCCCUCGCUCCACCCACCACCUUGCAACAGUGAAGCAGAGGUAAACAACUGCAAAGAGGUCCAUGGCUGGAAUGCUACCUUUACUGUACACAGCCUUGUAUAUGAGCGCACUUGGUGAUGGUUCUAUGCGUGCUUGCUUGCCAUCCCUCGGAGCUGACCAAUUUGACCACGAAGAUCCCUCCGAGUCCUGUCAACAGUCUAGCUUCUUUAAUUGGUAUACCUUCGGAAUCUCCUUUGGAGGUUUUGUAGGGCCGAUUCUCAUAGUAUGGCUUGAAAAUUACAAAGGGUGGGAUAUCGGACUUGGGGUGUGUGCCAUCCUAAUUCUGCUCGGAUUGCUCAUAGUUGCUGCUGGUCUCCCUUUCUACCGCAACCAAGUACCAGAAGGAAGUCCUCUAACUCGAAUACUGCAGGUUGUGCUUCAUAUUCCUGUCUUAAAACACAAUGUGCCAUCACAAUUUUGAGGGAA